GGGAGGGGUGUUGUCCAAUCUAGCGUAUGUGGCCUCUGCAGCAGCCCCCCCCUGGCAUGGGGGUGAAGCGGAGCCUUCAGUGCGGGGGCACCCUGCUGGGCCUCUUGGCCAACAUCUUCACGGUGCUCUCCACGGCCACCAACUACUGGAUCCGCUUCCCGAUGGGACACGGCGGCCUGUGGCAGGACUGUACCCAGGGCGCCUGCUCUAAUAUGCCCUGCCAGUGCCAAGCUUAUCAUCUGGCGGGUGGGCGUGGCCAGGCCUCCUGCGUCUUCUUUUCCAGGUCCUAUUUUUUGGGGUGGAUGGCUGUACCUUUCUAUAUUCUCGCGGGCUUUGGCUUUCUGCUGGUGGACAUGAUCCUGCAGAGUACGGAUGCCAUCAGCGGGUUCCCCGUGUGCUUGUGA